CUGUGUUGUGUGUCAACGUUGACUUACCUUAUUUAAUGAGAGCCUGGUCGUGGUCGUGUUGUCUUUUGAUGUGCAGUGUGGUAUAAUCAUUCCAGUCCACUCGGUGUACAGUUGGUCAAUUUCUUACAUAGUGGCAGUGAGUGACGAGAGAGUCGCAACUACUUGCAAAGUUGUGCACGCCCGAACAGUUGGAAAGAUCGAAAGAAGAGAUACUUAUUAAAUAUUUCACGUCAACGAAAUUAAGAUUCAAAAUGUCGGCAGGCCCUUACAACUACUCCUACAUUUUUAAAUAUAUCAUUAUUGGUGAUAUGGGUGUAGGAAAAUCAUGCUUACUACAUCAGUUCACAGAAAAAAAAUUUAUGGCUGAUUGCCCUCAUACAAUUGGUGUAGAAUUUGGUACUAGAAUUAUAGAAGUUGCGGGUCAAAAAAUCAAACUCCAAAUUUGGGAUACAGCUGGUCAGGAGCGAUUCAGGGCAGUAACAAGGUCGUACUACCGGGGAGCAGCUGGAGCUCUCAUGGUUUAUGAUAUUACUCGGCGCUCAACAUAUAACCACCUAAGUAGUUGGCUGACAGAUACAAGGAAUCUCACAAAUCCAAGCACUGUGAUAUUUUUAAUUGGAAACAAAAGUGAUUUGGAUGCUCAAAGAGACGUAACUUACGAAGAAGCAAAACAAUUUGCUGAUGAAAAUGGACUGAUGUUUGUUGAAGCCAGUGCUAAGACAGGAGAUAAUGUGGAAGAAGCCUUCUUGGAAACUGCAAAAAAGAUCUUCCAGAGUAUACAAGAUGGGCGGUUGGACUUAAAUGCAGCAGAAUCUGGGGUACAACACAAUCCUAGCCAACCUGGUCGUAACAAUUUACAAGGAGUACUGAAUGCUCAGCCAGGAGGAAAAGAUUCAUGUUCUUGUUAAGGCAUUAUUUAUCUGUAUAUAGGCUCUUUUAUGCGUUUAUAUUAAUGCACUCAUAAUUUACGUAAUGAAAAGGUCAAUCGUAGCCUUUUCAAUGUUUUAUAAAAAGUAUUUAUCCAAGAGCAAAGUGAUUAUUCGAGAUGUUUUUUUUUCUAUCAUUAAAAAGAUGUAUUCCAUAUUGUUACUAUUAAUGCACAUUUAAUUUUAACAUAUACUAAAAAAAAUAAUCAUGAAUUUUUUUACAACUUUUCUUUACUUCGUGCUAUUCAAUAGAUAAACUAAGUCUUACAGUUAUCAAAAUAAUUUGUUUCAAACAUUUAACUGAAAUUAUAUUUGAGAUGAAGUUUAAUAUAAUACACAAAUUAAUUUUCGCUUGAUAAAAAUAUUUACAAAAGAAGUUUUCCUUCAUGGAUGGAUUGUUAAAUAAUUUAUCCUGAUAUUUAAAACAAACAACUUUGUGUGUUUCAAUAGAAACUUGGAUUAUCGAGCAAUCGAAAAUUUAUUUCAUUCCUCUGUGCACUACUUACGUGUAGUGAGUGAAAGGUGGGAACAAGAGAGAAACAAUAUGGCCCGAUGAUUUGUUUCGUGAAAAAUUAAUUUUUCACAAAUAAUCCAUUUUGUAAAAAAAUGUUCUUUAUAGACCAAAAAGGAAAUGUUAAAUCAUAAAAAAAGAAAUGUAGUGUCCCAAUUUAUUAAAUACAAAAUGUAUACAAUUAAAGUGGACAUAUUUAUGAUCGUUACAACAAUAAAAAUUAAAUAAUUUAUCAAGAUUUAAAAAAUUUUUCGAAAAAGUACUACGUUUCGCUUGGAAAUCAUAAUGUUAUUAUUUAUGUCACGAAAAAUAAUAAACUAUAUGUAUGUACAUAGUUUGCUUUGAAAAUAGUUAUAAA